AUCCACCACCUUAGCAAACAUAAAACUUCAUGGAGAAUCUGGAUCGGCUUACGGCCGCCGGCUGUUCGCUCUACGACCUCAAUGCCGAGUAUCUCGAUCAGACCGAUUGGUCUCAAACAACACUCGGUCCUCACGAGGACUGGUCUCAGACCCUCACGUGCUAUGUGAACCUCAUUACUACCUUUCCACAUCCGGCAUGCGUCUUCUGGGGCGAUGACCUCUCCAUCAUACACAAUCUUGCCUGGGGCAAGGCGACGGGUAAUUUGGAUGGACAAGGUAUCCGGGCGCAUGAUGCCUUCGAGGGAGAGGCCCUGGGGUGCAUCAAAACGAGUGUGCGGGGGCAUACGGUCAAGGUCGCAAGCAGGUUCUUCCUACCGAAUACCCCAGACUACGGCCCAGAAGCUACAAUCAUCAUGAGUACCCUCCUCGAGUCCAACGGCCAUCGCACCGGCGUGUUUGCUCAGCUACUACAGAAUGCGACCGUCGAGCGCUCCAUAUCAUGGGCUGGGCUUUCGAGGAAGCAUAGCACCGCUACACGGACAAAGGGCUCGGGGACCCAACAAACGGGAAAUAAAGACCACCAAGUCGAUGAGAAACAGACUCAGCUCUUCCAGCGUUUCGCGGAGCUCCUUCCGAACGGCCUCGCCAUUCUGGACUCGGAAGCCGAAGCGGUCUUCGUUAACGAUGGAUUUUUCAAGUUGACAACAAAUAAGCCGAGCAAGGACUUUCGUGCCUGGCCAGAGAGUAUCGAUCCCAGAGACUACGAACGUGUUAUGACGGCAUAUCGGAGAGCCUUUUCGGCACGAGAGGAGUUACGGGUGGAAUUCCGGUCUUUGUCAGAGGAUGAAAGCGAGCAGUGGAGGUUGUUUCUACUGAAGCCACUAAGCGAGGAGGUCGAAGCCGGAUUUAUCUGUGCUCUGGUGGACAUUACAGAGAUCAAGUGCGCGGAGAUUGCGCAGGAGAAAGUCGCAAGUAAUGCGCAGGAGAGGAAGGAGCAACAAGAGAGGUUUAUUGAUAUGGUAUCCCAUGAGAUUCGGAACCCACUCAGCGCUGUCCUCCAUUUAGCGGAAGAAAUCAAGGAUGUAUCCACCGAGAUCUCAAAAGUGGUCAAAGGGCAAAAGCAACAGCUCGAAGACAUCAAAGAUGCGGCCGAAACUAUACUUUUGUGUGUGUCACAUCAAUCCGUGCUCGUCGACGACAUUCUAUCAUUCUCCAAACUCGACUCGAUGAUGCUCUCCCUCAUUCCUCGGGUCGUCCAGCCGAAAUGGGCUUUCUCCACAUCGCUCAAAGUCUUCAACUCUGAAUUCAAAGCUAAGAAAAUCGAGUUUGAGUACGUUAUGGACAUUUCGUACCAGACCCAAGAAAUCGACUAUGUAGUUGCCGACAUCAAUCGCAUAAAGCAAGUACUUGUGAAUCUUAUCACCAAUUCGAUCAAGUUUACAGCCAGAAAGCAUGGCGAAAAGAAGAUCACGGUGACGAUGGGUGCUAGCUUGAAACGCCCGACAAGCUACCCGCCGAACGUAGUAUUCUUCGACUCGGAAACCGAAGCAUUCCAUAUGGACUCCACGAUGAGUAGCGAUUGGGGAAGUGGGCAGUCGCUCUACCUUAUGGUUGCAAUCAAGGAUACUGGAAUUGGCAUCAGCACAGAAAAUCAGAUCAAGCUAUUUGAGCGAUUCAGACAGGCCACACCGAAGACGCAGGAAAAAUAUGGGGGCUCUGGGUUAGGCUUGUUCAUCUCUCGCAAACUCUGCCAACUCCACGGCGGCGACAUUGGCGUUAGUAGCAAAGAAGGUGAAGGCAGCACAUUUGCCUUCUUCUUCAAAGUUCGCCGUUCGGACGGGCCCUCCGAGUCCGGCCGCCCUUCUCUUUCCCGUGGCGCGUCCAUGAGAUCGUCCCGAACGGCCUCCAGCAGUACUAUUCCGCAAGUCCCCUCCCCCCGCCCAUCUCAACUCUCUCCCCGCCCGUCAUAUAGCAGGAGCAAGUCCGCCGUCAGUCCAUCCGCCUUCAGCAACAGGCCAGCCUAUAACAGGAACACGUCUACCAUGAGCAUCGACACGGUCCUGGAGAGGGGACCUAAGCCAUGGGAAUUUGAUGAUACAAACGAGAGUCUCAGCCCAAGUAGCGCAAGGAGUAGUCUCAGCCCAAGCAGCGCAGGAAGCCAGAGGCCAAAAAUUGUUAGUAUAAGCUCGCAGCCUGGAGUAACGGGAGAAGACAUCCCGAAGACUCUUAAAGAUCCGCCAGUUGAAUACAGGCUCGAGGCACACCCGGACGAGCAUGACAGUGAUCGCUACGAGGAAUCUGCGAAGGUGUCAGAGCUAGUCGAUAAAACCAUUGAGGAUGACCCAGAGGAUCUGAGGCGGAAGUUACCUGCAGGGAUAGAUCGGAAUACUGGGCAGAGCAAACGGCAGCAGAAGAGGGAGGAGAAAGAAGAGCCCACUACGACAAAAAAGAUAGGCAACACCAAAGCUACUAGCGUCUCUGAUGGCAUAGAUGCAUCAACCCAGCUCCCAGAAAAGGAGGAAGAGCCGAAGCCCACCCUCCUCCUUGUCGAAGACAACCUCAUCAAUCAGAAAGUCCUCAAGCGCCAACUACAAUCCAGAGGCUUCGUGGUCACGACGGCGAAUAAUGGCCAGGAGGCUAUCGAUGUCGUUAGGGCCCUCGCUGAGUCCUCAACCUCUUAUGCUGUCAGCUCUUACCAUUCCUUGGCUCAUGCUCUCCCUACGCCGUCUCCUUCUCCACCAGCUCAUGAUUAUCUCACGUCCACCAAGCUUCCAUCCUUCUCUUGUAUCUUAAUGGACCAAGAAAUGCCCGUUAUGGAUGGCAACUCCGCCACCCUCGUCAUCCGCGAGCUCAUGGAGGCGGAAGAGGUGGGCUGGGGUCCUAUUGUCGGCGUCUCCGCCAAUGUUCGCGAAGAACAGCGGUCAGAGAUGCUGGGUGCGGGUAUGGAUGAAGUCAUUUCGAAGCCUUUCAAAGUUGACGAGCUGGUCGCCCUGGUGAAGAGAGUAAUGCGCAAAGGAGAGAGUCUAAGGAAGGCAAUUGUGAGGGAUCCAGAGAGCGCGGGAGAGAGCACGGAGACGCUUGUGCCGGCCAAACAGGGGAAAGAGGGAGUGGAGGGGUUUCAAUUGUAAUGAGUUGGGUAAAGAAAGGAAUGGGAAAAGGAUGUAUCACUAUGGAUUUGAUGGAAAAUAGGAAUGAAUUGAUGGGUGGCGGCUUAGCGGUGGCGUCUAGGUUUGAUGCUAUUUGUACAGGUAUGUCGUGAUCAGGCCAUUCAAUCUAGGAUUUAUCUCUAUUUUACAGCUGCGAAUCAUGCGUUUCACCGCUUUGACCAUUGAUCAAGCGUCACCGAUGUCAUCUCGGGCGUUGACUACUAGGUUCAGCCGGG